AUCAGCAGCGACUUCUGCCGGACAAUUUGCUGCCAAUAAAUCCGCAUUGGGAGCUGCUCUAACUAAAUCAAAUGCGAGAGUGCGUAACCAAAUCAAUGCCAGAGCCCAAAGUCAAAGCCAAACACAAGCGUCAAUCAAUGUGGCAAUCGAGUUAAAACUGCAGCAGUUGCCGUACCGUGCCCUGCCGUGCCGUGCCGUACAGUGCCGCACCCUCCGUCAAGCUGCGCUCCCUUUUGGCGCACAAAUCCAAUCAGCUUCAAUUUGUUGGCCAUCAUUCAGCGCAUACAUUUCGAUUGUGGCCCAAAAGAGAAACCGUUUUGCUGGCUUACUAAUUUAAUAAACCGCCGACCGGGCUGCCGAAAAAAAAAAAAAACGACUGAAAAAACCCAGUAAUGAAACAAAAUGAAUAAGCCAAAGAAUCAAAUUUUACGAAGCACUUUAUGCAAUUAGCAAGAGAAGCGGCCAACAAAAACAAAAACAGCAACAAACAUAAAUAAAUAAAAGAUGAUGAAGCCUGUGCGUAAUUAAUUUUUCAAAUAUUUAAAAGUUAGGGAUAUCCCUUUGAAAGCUAUACGCAUUGCUAAUAAUAUAUGCAAAACGAUAGCCUUAAAGGCUUUAAAGCGCUUAAAAGACCUUAAAGUAUGUGCAUUUUCAUCAAUCUCAAUUUAAGGCCAUUAAAAUCUGCCAAGGCCAAGUGAACUCGGCUCGUAGUGAGGCCAACUUGUUGUAACUUGGCCAAGAUGCCUACCUAAUGCUACAGUGUGUGUCCAGUGCGAGAACAGAUAAUGGCAGCCAGGCAAAUGUCCAGGCGAACGGAACGAGACCAAAAGUGAGGCCAAUAAAAAGGCGAUAAAAUUGACGCCAAACACCAACCAGCACCAGAGCAGGCAGCGGAAUAAAACAGCAAUAGAUAAACGGACACACACACACACAAAUAUAUAUAUUGAUAUAUAUAUAAACGGAGCCUGGACAAGCAUUGUUUAUUGCCACGUACAUCCGUGCGAGAUAGCGAAUUCAAAUGCCGUGCUGAUUAAUGGGCCAAUGGCCAUUUUGCCAAACGGGAUGCGCAUAAUUCACGGCAGCCCAACGAGCCAUCGGCUACUGAUGCUGGCCAUGCUGCUGGCCCUGGCGCUGGCCGGCUGCAGCAGAGAUGCCGCCGGCAUGGAAUCGUCAGCAGAGCUGCAGGUCUUACGCACGUUGCAGCCAGUGCCGUCGGUGCCGUCGGUGCAGUCACUGGAAACGCUGCCAGGUGUGGCCAUUGAAAGCUAUGCCCCCACGCUCGCUGACAGGUGGCGGAGCAAACGGCGGAAAGUCAAGCGACGACAUCGUCUCAAUUCGCAGAGUAAUUUACCAACCAUUACGGCCAAUGCCGGCAUGGGCGCGAAUCUGAGCAGUUGGCAGCAGCAGCGCUAUUUGAAGGUUAACCAGGUGUUCGAGAGCGAACGUCGCAUGUCCCAUGCGGAAAUCCAGCGCAAUCAUGGCAAAAUUGUGCUGCUCGGACUUUUUGAGCUCUCCACCAAGCGCGGUCCACGGCCGGACGGCCUAAGCGAAUUGGGCGCGGCCACAAUGGCCGUCGAGCAUAUCAACCGCAAACAGCUGCUGCCGGGCUAUACACUCGAGCUGGUGACCAACGAUACACAGUGUGAUCCCGGCGUGGGUGUGGAUCGUUUCUUUCAUGCCAUCUACACACAGCCCUCGACUCGCAUGAUGAUGCUGCUGGGCUCCGCCUGCUCGGAGGUAACCGAGAGCCUGGCCAAGGUGGUGCCCUACUGGAACAUCGUACAGGUCUCCUUUGGCUCAACAUCGCCGGCGCUGAGCGACAGGCGGGAAUUUCCGUACUUCUAUCGCACUGUUGCGCCGGACUCGUCGCAUAAUCCGGCACGCAUUGCGUUCAUCCGUCGCUUCGGCUGGGGCACGGUGACAACGUUCUCGCAGAACGAGGAGGUGCACUCGCUGGCGGUCAAUAAUCUCGUCACCGAACUGGAGGCGGCCAACAUAUCCUGUGCGGCGACAAUCACAUUUGCCGCGACCGACUUCAAGGAGCAGCUGCUGCUCCUCCGGGAGACGGAUACACGCAUCAUCAUUGGCAGCUUCUCGCAGGAGCUGGCACCGCAAAUACUCUGCGAGGCCUACAGGCUGCGCAUGUUUGGCGCCGACUACGCCUGGAUACUGCACGAGAGCAUGGGCGCACCCUGGUGGACCGACCAGCAGACACCCUGCACCAGGCACGAGCUACAGCUGGCCGUUGAGAACCUCAUUGUCGUAUCCACGCACAAUAGCAUUGUGGGCAACAAUGUGAGCUAUAGCGGGCUGAACAAUCACAUGUUCAACUCGCAGCUGCGCAAACAAUUCGAGCAAUUCCAUCAGCAGGAUGCAGCGGACGUGGGCGGCAGCAGCGGCAGUAGCACUCGCGGUCGCAAGCGUGCGCCACAAACGGAUUUGCGGUCGCGCCAGAGGCGUGGCACUGUCAGCCAUCACUUACCGGACGCGAUAUCCCGUUAUGCUCCUCAAACCUACGACGCCGUGUGGGCCAUUGCACUGGCCUUACGCGCCGCCGAGACGCACUGGCGCCAGAAUGCGGCCCAAUCGAAGCUGGACGGAUUCGAUUAUACGCGCAGCGACAUGGCCUGGGAGUUCCUACAGCAACUCGGCAAACUCCACUUCCUGGGCGUUUCGGGUCCGGUCUCAUUCAGUGGGCCAGAUCGCGUCGGCACCACGGCCUUUUACCAGAUACAGCGCGGCCUACUCGAACCGAUAGCCCUCUACUACCCGGCCACAGAUGCCCUCGACUUUCGCUGCCCGCGCUGUCGUCCGGUCAAGUGGCACAGCGGCCAAGUGCCCAUUGCGAAGAGGGUAUUCAAGAUGCGCGUGGCCACGAUAGCACCGCUGGCCUUUUAUACCAUCGCCACGCUGUCGAGCGUGGGCAUUGCGCUGGCCAUUGCAUUUCUCGCCUUCAAUCUGCACUUUCGCAAGCUCAAGGCAAUUAAACUUUCCAGCCCGAAGCUGAGCAACAUUACCGCUGUGGGUUGCAUCUUCGUUUAUGCCACCGUCAUUCUGUUGGGGCUCGACCACUCGACGCUGCCCUCGGCGGCCGACUCCUUUGCCACGGUUUGCACGGCACGCGUGUAUUUGCUCUCGGCUGGCUUCUCCCUGGCGUUUGGCUCAAUGUUUGCAAAAACAUAUCGGGUGCACCGCAUCUUCACACGCACCGGCAGCGUAUUCAAGGACAAAAUGCUGCAGGACAUUCAGCUAAUACUGCUCGUCUGCGGCCUGUUGCUUGUCGAUGCCCUGCUCGUCACACUGUGGGUCGUCGCCGACCCCAUGGAAAGGCAUUUGCAUAAUUUGACACUCGAAAUCAGCACCAUUGAUCGAAGCGUUGUCUACCAGCCGCAGGUCGAGGUUUGUCGCUCGCAGCACACCCAAACCUGGCUGAGUGUACUGUACGCCUACAAGGGACUUCUCCUGGUGGUGGGCGUGUACAUGGCCUGGGAGACGCGUCACGUGAAGAUUGCCGCCUUGAAUGACUCACAGUACAUAGGCGUUUCGGUCUAUAGUGUUGUCAUCACCAGCGCCAUUGUUGUGGUGCUGGCCAAUUUGAUUUCGGAACGCGUUACACUCGCCUUUAUCACCAUAACGGCCCUAAUCCUAACCUCGACAACAGCAACGCUCUGUCUGCUCUUCAUACCCAAGCUGCACGACAUUUGGGCACGCAACGACAUCAUUGAUCCCGUGAUACACAGCAUGGGCCUCAAGAUGGAGUGCAACACGCGUCGCUUUGUCGUCGACGAUCGGCGAGAGCUACAAUAUCGCGUGGAGGUCCAGAAUCGUGUCUACAAGAAGGAGAUUCAGGCGCUCGACGCUGAAAUCCGCAAGCUGGAGCGCAUGCUGGAGUCGGGCCUGGGCAACGGUUCGACUACCACCUCCUCGUCCACCUCACUUCUGACCGGCCAUGGACAUCUCAAGCCGGAGCUAACUGUGACGAGCAACGUCUCCCAGCAAGCGCCGUUAGCCUCAUCAAAUAACAAGUCUCGCACGCCCAGCAUCUCGGGCAUCCUGCCGAAUCUGCUGCUCUCCGUGCUGCCACCAGUUAUACCACGCGCCAGCUGGCCCUCGGCGGAGUACAUGCAGAUACCGAUGCGACGCUCGGUGACAUUCGCCUCCCAGCCACAGCUAGAGGAGGCCUGUCUGCCGGCUCAGGAUCUCAUCAAUCUACGGCUAGCCCAUCAGCAGGCCACCGAGGCCAAAACGGGGCUCAUCAAUCGUUUGCGGGGAAUCUUCUCGCGCACCACGAGCAGCAACAAGGGCUCCACGGCCAGCCUGGCGGAUCAGAAGGGUCUGAAGGCGGCCUUCAAGUCGCACAUGGGUCUCUUCACACGACUAAUACCUUCCUCGCAGACCGCAUCCUGCAAUGCCAUCUACAGCAAUGCGAACCCUCUGGGCCUGGAAGGCGCCAGCUUGACUGUGGAGGGCGGCACCAAUGGCACACAUCUGAAGCCCAUUCACCGCGGCUCACUGACCAAGAGCGGCACACAUCUCGAUCAUUUGGCCAAAGAUCCCAAUUUCUUGCCCAUACCGACCAUUUGCGGAGAAAGCUUCGAUCUGCAGCCCAAUGAGCCCAGUGCCAUCGUUGGGGGCAAGUACGUCAAGCUGCCCGAGACCAAGGUAAACUUUCAGCUGCCCAGCACUCGGCGUCCAUCGCUAGUGCAACCAACUGCGCCCAGUUUGAGGGAACGAGUGCGUGGUUCGCCACGUUUUCCACAUCGCAUCCUGCCGCCCACUUGCAGCCUGAGCGCGCUGGCCGAGGCCGAGGAUCGCGUCGGCUCCGAGGCCUCGACAUUGGCGGGCAGCUGUAAGUCCAUACCACGCAUAUCGCUACAGCACGCGACCAGCGGCGGCACCUGGAAAUCCAUGGAGACGGCGGCCAAGUCGCGGCUCUCGCUGGACUCCCAAGAGGACGCACACCCAACGCCAGCGGUGGCAACGACAAAUGGUCUUGAUUAAUAUUGUAAGUUCAAAACAUAAACACACACAUACACAGAGAGACACACACCGACACUGUGACGCCCACCCAACAUUUUCCGCCCAAUCCUUGUCAAUUAGAUGUGAACACCAAGCAAUUAUUUUCAACACGCGCCCACCCAGCCCGUCCUCCAUCAGCCAGGGUAACGCGCGCGUGUACAACUGACCAAUCAUCGGCUUAAAGCAAUCAUACGCAUUAGGAUAAGUUACGAUACGCGUAAUCCUUCUUCGAGUAGCUAGUCACGAGUUCCACAAUUUCUUCCCCCAGCCCCUCCCUCGACUGUGCUCUUCCUAAAACCCAUAAUGUGAUUCGACCUAAGCUCAUUAUAGAAUUUUUGCUCUUCGUAGGCUAAGUAGAGGAUUUUGAUGCAUUAGUUGCACAAAUCGUAAGACAACUCCAUUUCCAUGACCAUUUCCACUCCACUUUCACUUUCCAUUCUAUUUCCUUCCUAGUUAAAGUUUCUCUUUAAUUGAGAUGUUUUGAUAGUGCCAAAGAAAA